GGGGGGGCCGCGAUCCGUAGCUGGGCUUCCCUCGUUUUACCAGAGUUUUCAAGGAGGGGUUUGUCUCCGCGGCUAUGUCUCGGUGCUUCCCCUAUCCGCCUCCCAAAUACGACGAGGCUGAGAUCGGAUCCAUUAAGCUCCUGAAAGAGCAGGAAAAGGCCAAAGAAAAGAACCGGAGGAAAGAGAAGAAGAGGGAGAAGAAAGAAAAGAAGGCUGCCCUCAAGGAGCUUGAGAACUCUGAACGUUCAAAACAUGAGCUUAAGAAGAGAAAAUAUGAGGAGAGUACAACAAAAACACCAAACAGCUCAGCAGAGCAGCUUGAGAGGAGUGGCCUCACAGAAGAACUUGAGCUGCCAUAUGCCACGCAGGCUGCUGAUAACUCCCCUGAGAGAUCUCAGGACAGUAAUAAGAGGAGAAAGAUCGCUCCAUCGCCUGGCCCUAGCCAAUCAAACAAUAAUGGGAUUAUUCUACGCAUCAAGCUGCCAACAGCGAAGCAUACACAGAGAGAUACGGAGCCGCCUGCUGCCACCUUCCCCUUGGCGAAUUUGAUGGUUCCUGAGCGGGCGGCUGUACUGAAACAAAGGGAACUGGAGUUGACCAGGCUCCAGCAACAAGGUGGCGAUUUCGAGCCCUGUGUAAGAAGGGAGCAAAGUGAGCAUAAGACGAAUUUCGGGUACCAACAAGAUGACUCGCAACCUGCCUGCAUUCCCCAAUGUAAGGCAAGUGAUCAGGAGCCGCAGCCUGCUUGCAAGGAAGAAGAACCCUGCUUCUCUGGCAGGAGUGGCGAAGCCGCCCCCCUCAAAUCGGAGGAUGGCCGAGCCCAUACCAGGAGGAAGCUCAGUCGAAUUGAGAAGAAGGAAAGACAGUUUAUGGAUUUGAUUAUGAACUGGAACCCCCCUCGGCUGGAGCAGUUUGAAGAUUCAGAUCUUGUUGAUCAGGAGUGGCUAUUUGCGACUUCUGCGAGACCCUCAAAACCCAACCCGCAAAACCAGGACAGAGUUGGUAAAGAGGAAGGCCUUUUGAGUCGUGAGAAUGGCAUGGUCUCGUCGCUGCAGCCGCGGGCAUGCUAUCUGCCUGAACUCGGGAUUUAUCAGUUGCCGUAUGUAAUUCCAUAUUGAAAUCUUCUACUGUUAUACCUUACAUGGAGUUGGGAGAGAAAGAGAGGAGGUUGGGAGGGAAGUUUUGAUAUUUUUUUCUUUUUUUAUAAUUUGUCCGUCUCCCUCUCCGUAAUGUGCGGUGGAAAGAGAUUCGGUGGAAAGAGAUUGGUAUUUGUUGAGUUGGAAAAGCUGUGAAUAUAAUUUCAAUUUAUUUGUCUCCUCCUUCCAAAUUGCGGAUCGUAGGUGGUUUAACUUUCUUCU